AUCUGGACACUUGUUCCACAUUCGUGCCCAGUUUAAAAAGCUCCGUUUCCACGCCGGAGAGACCCUCGCCUGAGCUCUGCGUUGAGACGAGUAGCGGGAAGCAAACUUUUCUCAGCGUUCCUAGUCGUGACUGUUACGGGCGCUCCGUGAGUCAGCCCAGCAGUCCGGACGUAUGGAGUACAGUCAGCACCGGCAGUCCGUUCGGUUCGGCUCGACCAUGCGUGAAGCCGGGCUGCACAGACAGCGACUCGGAGGACGACGGCGCUGCACCCGGCAGUGAACGAUGAUAUAUUCAUGUAUUUUUAUGCUCCCUCUACCUUAUUUCUAAUGAAGACAUGUUUUUGUACAGAGAAGUGAAGGGUGCAGAGUAACGUCUGAUUAGAUGAACCAAAUAUAAAUGACCAAAUAACCAGGCUAUUCUGUAUUGCCCACCCAAAUAGCAAUAUUUCAUUCAUGAAAGGAAUAUUGCAGCAGUGCUAACGUUGCAUAAACAAAAUGGAACGAAAUAUAUGCAUCUGGACAUGACAAGGACAAAAUAAACAAAUAUUGUGCGUAAUGUGCAAGCCUCGCGGUUUUUGCUACUGAAUUCCCGCGUGAGUUGGCGGAUUCCGGUCAGCGAAGUGGGGGAAAUGGAGAAAUGAGGUCUGACAAGGAGACGAGGACAGGAAGCAGGGAGAGAGGCAGCGUCGAGAUCCAGUUCAGGGAGUGUCCGAGGGAGCAGGACAACGUCGUAGUGAACCCGAAGCACAAAGAGGAGAAAAAGGAGAUUUUCACCAAGGUUGUCAUACGCCGCCUGCCACCUAGUCUAUCAAAAGACCAGCUCGAGGAGCAUUUGAGUCCUCUUCCAUCUUUUGACUAUUUUGAGUUCUUCCCUGCAGAUCAGAGCUUAUACCCACAUCUCUUCUCAAGAGCAUACAUCAACUUCAAAAACCAAGAGGAUAUUAUUAUUUUCAGGGAUCGUUUUGAUGGCUACGUAUUCAUUGACAAUAAAGGUCAAGAGUAUCCAGCUGUUGUAGAAUUUGCCCCAUUUCAGAAAGUCUCCAAGAAAAAGUUAAAGAAGAAAGAUGCUAAAGCAGGAACCAUUGAAGAAGAUCCAGAAUACAGACGAUUUCUGGAAAACUACUCUUGUGAUGAGGAGAAAUCAAUGGCCAACCCAGAAACACUAUUGGGAGAGAUUGAAGCUAAAACACGGGAACUCGUAGCCAAAAGGACGACACCCUUACUGGAAUAUAUUAAAAACAAGAAGUUAGAGAAACAGAGAAUAAGAGAAGAAAAGAGAGAGGAAAGGCGAAGGAGAGAACUGGAAAAGAAGAGACAGAGGGAGGAGGAGAAGAGGAAGCGCAGAGAAGAGGAGAAACGAAAGCGAAAGGAGGCCGAAAAGCUGAAGAAGCUUUCUGAAAAAGAGAUAAAGAUCAAGCUUUUGAAGAAGUGUGACCGAGACGAUGACAUGGACUCAGACAGACUGAAAGAUAAAGGAGACUGCGGAGGGACAGAAAAAAACAGAUGGGAAAAAACGGCAGGACACAAUAAGUCAAAAGAGACUAAGGACAAUAGGGGCCAAAUUGAGAGUGACAAGGAGCAGCGAGAGGGUCAUGGCCGUCGUCAGAGGGACAAAGAGCAUCGCGGCAGAGACGAGGAGCGUAAACGCCAGAGGCAUCAUUUGGAGUUUGAUAAGUUUAUGCGACGCAAGGAGGAAACCAAAUGGGGCAAAGGAUACUGCCAGGACAGGGCCAAGAAAGACCAACAUCAUGGCUAUUCCUAUUAUCCAGAGACAGGAGACAAACUGGGAAAAGAGGACAGAGAGGACAUGUCUAGGAGGAAAGAACGGAUUCGUAAUAAGUCUGUGUUAGUGCAUCAGGAGAAAAGGACUUCCCAGUCUGAGGGGCCAGACCAGAUAGGAGGGGCUCUGCCAGCAAAGGACCGACCAGCGAUGCAGCUGUACCAACCUGGUUCUCGAAACCGCAAGCGCAUGGGCUGUGGGAACAAGAACUUUGACUUUCCACCCAUUUCUCCUGAGCACAGAGGAGAGCAAUGCUACAAGACGAUCAUAGGGACAGGAUCUGAGAAUAGUGCAGAUGAGUGAAAGAAGACCACAGCAGGAAGACAUCUGCUUAAUAGAAGUCUACUUGUAGAAGCAAGAGUCAUGCCAGUACAGGAUGAACACUCAACUUCAAGCUUAUUUUCUGUUGUCUCUGUUUGAUGUGUGAGUAUAGUGCAUACAAUCCCCCACUUAAUCUUUUAAACACAGAGUUUUCAGUAUGUACAGGUAAUUAUUAAAUCAUAGAUGUAAAAUUAUCUGUAUGGUUAUCAAGAAUAACUGAUUCAUACUUAAAUCAUUUCAUUGAGAAAAAUACCUAAUUAUUUUCAAAGAUCAAGAUUUGUAUGCCCUUUAUCAUGCAAUAAAUAGAUUCCUUUAGACAAGAGAUUUUAGAUAAUGUAGAUUUUAAUGUAAAUAAAAUCAAAAUGUGUUUUCAUUUAAAUACAGAAAAUGUAUCAUUAGGUUGACUGUUUUAUCGUGAUGAAAGCGACAGGAAGUGGUAAAGAGGGGAGGGGCAGAGACAUAUUUUUCUUUAAGAAUAAAACAAUUAGUGCAAGAGUGCUACAAUGCAUUAAUUAAACAUUUAAGCAUGUAACUCAUAAUUUAAGAUUUUCACACUGUAAUGCCUUUGAAUGAUGCCUCUAUUGUCCCUGAUGUAUAGACAUCGUGGCUUUUGGUGUAUUUACAAUUACAUAGGUCUCAAACAGCUAACUUUAAAGUACUGUUUCACCUGCGAGCCAAGAAGAACAAAAAUGUUUAAAAGGUAUGAAGUCUUCUGUUAGGUCACAUGCUAUUUGGUGAUAAUUCUAUACAGUGUGCAUGUUUUUAAGAAACGAAUGCAGUCAUUCAGGGGUGGGAGACUACAUGGGGUCACAUGCCUUACCUUUGUUUUGCACUUGAAGAUCCCAUCCAUUAUUAAAUAAUUAAAGGUUUUUAGAAUAAUUGUUUAGUAAAGACCAACAAUAAAGAUAAUUCUGUAGAAAACUUCAAAGCUGUUAUACUGUAUUUGAUGGAUUGACUAUUUGAGUACAAUAAAGAUAUGAGAUUAUAUAAAGUAAUAUUUGUGAAUUAACUUUUUUUAUAAAAAAAUAAAUAAAAUGAUUUGGUUCAUAAUUUUUUUCCUAUAGCUUACACAGUAUUUUCAUUAUUUCUAGAAGUUUAAUAGUGGUGGCAUGUGUAAAGCUAUUUUAAAAAUGCAAAUUAAUAAUAAAUAAACAAUAAUACAUUUAAUUAAAUAUAAAACUGUCAUUACAUAUAGUCAUUUUUUGAAGAUUGACAACAUUUUACCUUAAUCGUGGCUUUUCUUGAACUGCUGAACUUUGGUUGAAAUUAUACUAAUUACAGAACUGUAAUGUGUUUUAAAUGAGGGUUUCUGUAUUUGAUUUAUUGAUUUAGCUUGCAAGACAACUCAGCAGCACAAGUUUCUUAAUUCUGAUUCAAAUCUAAACCAGUAUCAGCUUGUACUGAUAGAACCUUUAGUUCUCACACUUUCAGACUGAGAAACACGUCAUGUCUUCCUGUGUUUUUGUAGCAAUUAUGUUUUGUCUAGUUUUUUACCUAUUAUUAUCAUCUGGUUGCUUCUAUUACUGCUGCUUUUCCUGUUCUCCUUGAAAGGGGAAGGUGUUUUAAUGUCAGUUAGAUGUCAUAAAAUGCAAAUGUUUAAAAUGCACUUUGUACACAAAGAAGCAUACUGUCACAUAUGGCAGCAAUUUGGUUGUAUGCAUGUCCUCUAAAAUAAUAUCUAUGUGUAAAUGGCAAAAAGGUAGAAUCCAUGGAAAGAAGAAGCAAUAAAACAGUGUUUAAAAA